UAAGAGCCAAGAGAUAGAAGAAACAGGUUAAGAGCCUAGUUUAAAGGUAAAAGGGGUGCUGUAGGCCCCAGUGGCCAGAAAGCAGGAAUGGUACAAGGUGAAGGAGUAGGAGUGGGGUUGGGCUAUGAGGACUGUAAAGGUUGGGGUGAAGGAGGCUAUAACCACUGCCUUUCACUGGAUGCUUUCCAUGUGCCAGACACUGUGUCACGUGCUUUAGAGGUUCUCAUUCCUCCGGGAAGCCAUCUCUGUUGGUGUCACCAGUGAAGACGUUGAGGCCCUAGAGGGCCCCGGGUCCAGGCCAGAUGCCAGCAGUCCAAAUGCAGGGUCGGAGGCUUUCCGAAUCUAAGCCCUGGCCCCGUGUGAGCAGCUGAAAGAUGUGUGCGCAGGCAGACGGGGCCCCGUGCCCAUCUAACGGCACGUGACUGAUACAGGAAGAGGAGCGGAGAGAAACCAGGGGUGCCAACAGUGCGCACUCUGGGCCAGAGGAGAGGUGGUGGGAGAGAAGGGGGGGCCUUGCCGAACAGUGGCAUUGGGCGCUCCAGGGAGGAGGCAGGCAGGGAGAUCUCGGGUGUGGAGCCCUGCCCUAUUGCAGGAGUGUCAGGAGCAUGCUCUGGAGGCACACACACGAGUGUGUCUUUCCCCAGUGUCAGCUUUAUUCAGUCACAAAGCAAAGUUAAUCACGAUUAGAAAGCAGGUUCACGAUUCCAGACUCGAUGAUAAUUCACAUGUGGUUAAACUUGGCUUCUUACACAGCACACAAAGCAGGAGAGAAGACAAACCACACAACAAACAAGCUAACAGAAGGGUGCAGGAAGUGAACGAACCAAACGCGAAGUCAGUCUGUGGGGUGCAGUUGAGAUAAAGCCUCGGUCUGGUCCGCGUCAGCUCUCAGCACUUCCUGCUUCUGAUGUUCCAGCAGCGAAGCCUCUCGGUUCUGCUCGGAGAUCAUUUGGGCAGAGCCUUCGGCGGCAGUUGCCUUUUACAAGUGGUCAGACAUAGAGGGGUCAGGUCUGAGGAGUCUAACAGUUUGCUGCCAAAAUCCUUCCCCUUUUAAAGGGAUUUUAUUGGUCUUGGGCCCCCGCAGACCUCCUCUGGUUCUGCUUGUUAUCAAUUCUGGGGGUCAGCUGAUGCUGGUCUCUCCUAGCUGCAGUACCUUACGUGCUUGCGUCAUUGCUUGACUCAGGCCCCUGCCUCACAGGAGAGAUUCCAUUUUGCUCACUACAAGGAGAGUGGGGCUGGGAGAGUGGGGAAGGGGCUGCAAGGUGGCCUGAUGCCCAGUGGUGGCCUGCAGAUCACCAGACUGGGGAGCAUGGCCACUGGGAGGCCACUGAGUGCUGGGGACAGAGGAAUGGUGGCUUAGCCUGAUGAUGAGGGAGAAUAUCAGUUAAGAAGCUUUUGGGGGGUAACUUUUAGGUUUGGAACAAUUCCAAAUUUAACAGAAAAGUUGCAAGAAUAGUACAAAGAACCGCCCAUUCACCCUUCCCCCAGAUUCUCCAACUUUAUUACAUUGCUUUAUGUUUUUCUCUUUAUAUAUACGAUUAUUCUUUUCUGAACCCUUUGAUAGUUAGUUGCAAAUAUCAAGCCCCUUUACCCUUAAAUAAGUCAGUGUGCAUUUCCCAAGAACAAGGACAUUCUGUUCUAGAACUGUAGAACCACAGAACAUUGUGCAGAACUAGGAAAUGAACACUGAGAAAAUAUAGGCCCUAUCUAGUCCUUAUCCAGAUUUCACCAACAACCCUGAUAAUGUCCUUUAUUUUGAAAAAGAAAAGAAAGGGGGGGGGAUAACUGCCUCAGGGGCACGCCUUGCAUUUGGUUGUCAUGUGUAAUAAUUAUCUUUUGAUAAUCCAGGGGUAGGUAUCAGAUCUAGAAGUGGCAGUGGAAUAGAGAAGAAACCCGAGAUAGAGGUGUGGUAAUAUAGGGGAAGGACCAAACAGACUUUGAGGUUACGAAACUCUUAACUGGGUGAGUGGUAGUGCUUUCAGAAGAGUUCUUAGAAUCUGCCCCAAAACAACCACGCUGGUUAAACAGUGCACCAGUUGAGGGAUAUUCCGAGCAUGUUGGUAAUAAAACUACUAUCAGGAUGACUUAUCCAGAGGGCGCGCCACUGUCUGACCUUGAAUAUUAUUCCAAUGACUUGUUUGUUGCUGUUUUAUUUAAGAGUGUUGACUUCAACUGGCUUCAAGCAAUGGUAAAAAAUGAAACCCUGCCAUUUUGGGUGCGGCUCUUCUUUUGGAAGCAGGUGGCGGAAAAAAUCCCACUACAGCCAAAACACUUCAGGAUUUUGAAUCCAGUUAUUAUCAAAGAGACUGCCUUUGACAUCCUUCAAUACUCAGAGCCCCAGUCAAGGUUCUGGGGCCGAGAUAAGAACGUGCCCACCAUUGGUGUCAUCGCUGUUGUCUUAGCCACACAUCUGUGUGAUGAAGUCAGCUUGGCAGGCUUUGGAUAUGACCUCAAUCAACCCAAAACACCUUUGCAUUACUUCGACAAUCUCUGCAUGGCUGCCAUGAACUUUCAGACCAUGCAUAAUGUGACAACGGAGACCAGGUUCCUCCUCAAGCUGGUCAAAGAGGGCGUGGUGAAGGAUCUCAGCGGAGGCAUCCAUUGUGAAUUCUGAACACAGAGCAACCUCAUCUGACAAUGCAACUCUGACUCUGAAGGCUGGUUUUCACAGCCUUCUUGAUGCAUUACAUCCUGCAAAUCCUUUGAAGUGCAGCUGGUGUUUUUAACUUUUAAUUUAAAAAACGAAAAACAAGUUUCGCUCUUCCCACUUUGUCCCCCCUAUUUAUUUGAGGUCAGUGUUUUUGCACAACAUUUUUGUAAGAUAAUUUUGAGAAUUGAAUUGGAAAGACUUUUCAAAGAGACUUGUAUGUGAUGAUGUUUUAUUGUAUUUUCAGAACGUCAUUUAAUUUAUAAAAACUCUGUCCAUGUCUACUUAGCACAGAGAAUACCAGGUAAUUGAGUGGAAGGAGAAUGGAGGUCACUCCUUCGAUGAGAGCCCUGAAUGCCAGAUUCUGGUUCCUUGUCACUGUUGGGCGGGACAUAUGUCCGAGGAGCUUCCGGGAUGACGUACUCAGUAGCCACACCACGGGUACUGGGUCGGCCGUGCGGCUGCGUGUGGCCUGGGCUGGUCGGAGAAGUUCCCGGCCCCUCUCUGUUGGUCUGCCUUCUGCCAGCCUCGCAGCCAUCAACCAGGGGACCCGUCCUGGCUGUCCCUGGCCGGGGAGGGACACAGAAGACAUUUCCUGUGUCCUCUGAAUAUAUGAAGCCACCCUGGGCUGCAGAAGCCACUCUCUCCCCUGAAAUGAUGACAAUUCUUGAAUUUCUUGAGUUUUUUCACUGCCCUUCCAAAGCACUUAAAUUUACCUAAUCGGAGGUGUUCCUCUGCCUGAGGUGGUUUAUAAAAAUGAGGACACACUCUCCGAUCUCCAGAGUUGUAGAAGUACAAACCCUUUCCAAUAAUAGUCACGUUUUCUGAAACAUUGAAAUAAAAUCCUCCCAGUAUUAUAAAUUGCCUAUUUAAAAAGAAAUUUUUUUUAAUGCCUACCUGGCAAUGUGUACCAGGCAGUGUGCUGGUCAAAAAAAA